AUGAGCGACAAGCCGUUGGCAUUGACCGGACCAGGAGGAGCCAGCCAGUUGCAAGAUGAACAGGUUCUCGUCGACGCGUUACCGUACCUCGACACGGAAUACAAUGAGACGGACCGACAGCUCGCGAGGAAUCUUGUUGAGCACGAGUGCAAGACAUUCCGCCCGACGAAAAACUAUCUGACCCAUCUGCCAGUGCCGGAUUAUGAUGCAUUCCUGACGCCUUGCAUGCUCAAAGAAAUGAGUCGAAUGAAGAAAAAAGAGGAGAUGGGAAAGUUGGAUAUGAGCCGGUGCGAACUACCACCACCGUCCGCUGUCAAGGGUGUGGAUAGAAAGUUGUGGGCCAAGGUGCUCCGCAACGCGAAGGCUCAAAACGAGCACCUGAUGUUGCGUCAAAUCAAUCUGGAGCUGAUGGAUGAGUACGCGGCAGAGAACUAUCUUCAACGGAACAAAGCAAUGGAGCAGAUACUGACGGAGGCGGAGAAGGAGCUUCGGAGCACCAGAGACGCGAUUAUGGAAAUCCACGCGAGCCGGAAAAUGGCUCAGUUGAAGGCGGGCGACAAAGUGAAACAGUUGGAGCAGUCGUGGGUCUCAAUGGUCACCAAUAAUUAUAAUCCGGACACCAUUGCCGCCCUUCAAGAAGUCAAGGAUCUCAACGUUGAAGGAUUCUACACCGCUCUUCGAGACCUCUACCUGGCUGAUGGAUUUUCAACAAAAAGUACCAUGAACAAAGUGAUUUUGACUCAAAGUAUCAUUCCCGAUUUUCAAUUCCAAGGAGCAAUUCAAGCUUUGAAUAACACCCAAUAUGAAAUCAAAAAUGGAGAUUAUGGAUUGAGAAGAAUGAAAGGAAUGAUUAAACUAAACGAACCGGAUGCUCUAACCCAUCAGAAUUGGCUUAUCGAUCUUGUUUCAAUGAUUCUGGAACAAUCUGAAUAUUCCAAACAAUUGGUCAGCUUUAUUAGAGGUCUUGGAACUACUCUAAUGGAGAACGGAUACUCCAGAGAGACCUAUUUCAAUGGAACUAUGCUCCGAGCUGAGAUAAACAAAAUUUGGAACUUGAAUGAGACUUUAAAGGAGCGUUAUAUCGAGCCAUUGGUCCUCCUGCAUCAUGUAGUGGGUCCAGAGAAUUUUGACCUACUUGGAGAUGUUCUGGAAGCCCAACCAUGGUUAACUAGAGGAGGAAUGCUCCUCAGAGAUGUGGAAUACUUCAGAAUGUACCAGGAUCGGAUAAUGGAAGCAAUUUCGAAUUCGGAUAUUGGGAUUACUGUAUUGAGCGGAUUUCAAAAAGCUUAUGAGGAUAUGUUCAAUACUACUGGUGCUCCAGAUACGCUGUUGAAUCGAUUGGUAAUUUUUAGCAUGAAGGAUUCAACGAUUUAUGAUGGCGGUGAUGACAAAUCUCCAGAGUAUACAGCUGUGUGGAACGAAAUCUGGGGAGAAAUCAGUAGGAAAUUAGGAAGGGCUCAACUGAGUCAAAUCCAGUACAUGUUCGUUGAUGCCGUGAAAAAGGCGAUGGACGAAACGGAAGCCUCGACAAUCGGAGGGAUGAAUGGUCUUAAAAAUACGUUUAUUGCUGGAGCGAGAUUGAUUCAAUCUUGGAGGGGUUAUUGUAGCAGCCAAAAGCCUGGGAUUGCUGUAUUCUUAGUACUGUCCGUUGCAAAUGCCAAUUCUAAAUGCCAAGAAGCCCUGAACAUGUACUCUGAAGAUGAAAUAGCCUACAACAAUCUCCAAAGAGCUCUUCAAAUCGUUUUAAAACUGAGCAAUACUGGUGAUAAUGGGAGAGAAGGCUACAAGGAAUUGUUUGACUUGUAUUUCGAGAAACCUGCUCCAACCAUUCAACUUUUUUCACCAUCUCGGUUUGAGAGUGCUACUACUAUGAAUGCAUUGUUCGCCAGCGUACAAGAGGCGGAUCCCAAUGGAUUGCUCAUCCCUGUUCAAUUGAUGGCUAAACAGAAAACUGAUCUUCAGAAGUUUGCUAAUAACCUCAACACGCUUUCGGAGGAUUCAACAUUGGUGGAGACAUUUAAUUUGAUUUUUGGAGUCCACCCAACCAGUUUCGAGGAAGCCCAAAAACUCAGAUCAGCCCUUCAAAGCAUCGGAUCCAUUUCCAGGAGUGAUAGGGAUCUUUUGGCGUACCUCCGAUCGAUUCGGGAGAUUUUAAGAACUAACAAAGAAAAAGGUUCUAAGAACUCUGAGGAUUUCUUUAAUACUCUCUCUAAACUCUCGAAUACUACAAGAAAUGGAUCUUGGAUGGAUGUCCAUGAAGCACUUGCCCUUAUCGAUUCGAUUUACCGAGCAGGACCUCCAGAGAGCCGCGGGCCCCGACUUGCUCCAUUCAGAGAACUCGAAAGGACUCUUGGAACAGAUGGAACGUACCGGGAAGUCUUUCUGGCUCUGCAAACCAUCCUAGAGGAUCCUGAAACUUCUAAAGCCAAAUGUCAAUUCAUUAAGGACUUUUUCACUGGAAUAGAUGACGUUACUUCGGUUGUGGAGGCGUUUGGAGUAAAAACCGAGGACAUCAGAAGAAAUGUGGAGGAUACGGUAUUUGUGGAUGCUCUGAUCCGAUUGCUCGAAGCAUCAGAAUCCCGGGAAGCUCUUGGUAGAAUGAUUGCAUUCCACACGAAACACACGGUCGACCAAGAUUAUCCUGCACAAUCGAUCUUCAGGAUUGAGGAUCUGUUGGGGUAUAUGGCAAACAAUGAAUGGAGAUGA